AUUCUGCCAUGCUUCCCAGGGCUUGCGGUGAACGUGAAGAUGGAGUUCAACGAACAUCACAUGAGCGAACUUGGAAGGCGUGCUGGGGGGCUCUCCUGCAAGGGCAAGGCGUCCAACAUGUGCGCGGUGCACGGCGGCAGCUGCCCAUGUCGAUGCGGUGAGGAGGACCUCUUCGCCGACCCUCGCGAGUCGCCCUUAACCAUGAGCUGGGGUUGGCCCAGGUGUCAGGCAUGGUGCCCUGGAGGUGGCUAUCAGGGGGUGGCCCACAAGUCGAUCGGCGCAUUCAACAUGUGGAUCGAGGAGGCCACGCGGUUCGACAUCGUGCUCAUGGAGGAGUCCGACCAGUUCCCUGUGGAGAUCACGAUUGAAGGCAUGUCGCAGACCCACAAG